CAUGAAGAAAUCAGUGAUUUUUAUGAAUACAUGUCUCCAAGGCCAGAAGAGGAGAAGAUGAGGAUGGAGGUGGUGAACAGGAUUGAGAGUGUGAUUAAGGAGCUCUGGCCCAGCGCUGAUGUCCAGAUAUUUGGAAGCUUUAAAACUGGCCUGUAUUUACCUACUAGUGAUAUCGAUCUUGUGGUGUUUGGGAAAUGGGAGAACCUGCCCCUGUGGACCCUGGAAGAAGCCCUUCGGAAACACAAAGUUGCAGAUGAAGACUCAGUGAAGGUUCUAGACAAGGCAACUGUGCCUAUUAUUAAAUUAACAGAUUCUUUUACUGAAGUCAAAGUUGAUAUCAGCUUUAAUGUCCAGAAUGGCGUGAGGGCAGCAGACCUCAUCAAAGAUUUUACCAAGAAAUACCCUGUAUUGCCAUACUUGGUUUUAGUAUUGAAACAGUUUUUACUACAGAGGGACCUUAAUGAAGUAUUUACAGGUGGAAUUGGUUCUUACAGUCUCUUUUUAAUGGCGGUCAGUUUCCUUCAGUUACAUCCCAGGGAAGACGCUUGCAUCCCCAAUACAAACUAUGGUGUUCUCUUAAUAGAAUUUUUUGAAUUAUAUGGACGGCACUUCAAUUAUCUAAAGACUGGCAUCCGGAUAAAGGAUGGUGGUUCAUAUGUGGCCAAAGAUGAAGUACAGAAAAAUAUGCUAGAUGGCUAUCGACCGUCAAUGCUGUAUAUUGAAGAUCCUUUACAACCAGGUAAUGAUGUUGGAAGGAGCUCAUAUGGGGCCAUGCAAGUGAAACAGGCCUUUGAUUAUGCCUACGUUGUUUUGAGUCAUGCUGUAUCACCAAUUGCAAAGUACUAUCCCAACAAUGAAACUGAGAGCAUAUUAGGUAGAAUAAUUCGAGUGACAGAUGAAGUUGCCACAUAUAGAGAUUGGAUAUCCAAGCAAUGGGGCUUACAGAAUAGACCCGAGCCUUCAUGCAAUGGAAAUGGUGUUACCUUGAUAGUAGAUACUCAGCAGUUAGAUAAAUGUAAUAAUAAUCUGUCUGAAGAAAAUGAAGCCCUUGGAAAAUGUAGAAGUAAAACUUCGGAAUCUCUUAGUAAACACUCUUCAAACUCUUCAUCAGGUCCAGUGUCGUCCUCUUCUGCCACGCAGUCCAGCUCUAGUGAUGUCGAUUCUGAUGCAACACCAUGUAAAACCCCCAAACAGCUGCUCUGCCGUCCAUCCACUGGCAGCCGAGUAGGGUCACAGGAUGUGUCCUUGGAUUCCUCUCAGACAGUUGGAAAAAUGCAGAGUACCCAGACCACUAAUACAUCCAACAGUACCAACAAAUCUCAGCAUGGAUCAGCAAGGCUCUUUCGUUCCUCCAGCAAAGGCUUCCAAGGUACAGCUCAAACAAGCCAUGGUUCCUUGAUGACAAACAAACAGCAUCAAGGCAAAUCCAAUAACCAGUAUUACCAUGGCAAAAAGAGGAAACACAAGAGGGACGCGCCCCUCUCAGACCUUUGUAGAUAGUCGGCGCUGUGCGACGGACUGAUUCUGUGUUCAGUGAUCUCGUGCUCAGGACAGUCGCGCAGGGACUCCUGGGGACAGCAGGAGCCUCACACUGUUCAGACGCUGAUUUAGCAACUGCGUUUUUUCCCAGCUCGCCACGGAACGGAUCAUGAAGACUGACAACUGCUAAAACAAAAACAAGCAAAAAGGGGGAAAAAAAGGCUGCUUAUUUGAUAAGUCAUAUGCUACAACAGGGUCAUUUUAAGAUUUAAAGCUUGAAUGUAAAAUAAAUAUAUUUCUCAUUGGCUUUAUGCAGAGUUAUAGAGAAUAGUAUUCAGUGUGGGUAGGGUGAUAGAAACAAGAAACAGUUUCAGAGGAUGGGGUGGGAAGGCAAAUGAGAGUAUCUUAUAGGAAGUCCAGAUUCCAAAGGGGAAAGUGAUCUGUGCAUGUUUGUUUUUUUUUAAUAUUUUUGCAUAUAUUUACCAUUUUAUUGUGUAUAUAUAGAAGAGCAUAUAGGAAAUUGAUAUUUGUAAUAGUGGAUUUGUUAAUACUUUUUACAUAACAUUACUGUUUGAAUUGUGAACAGAUUUUUUUCUCAGGAUUAGUUUGAAGAAUAAUCUGAAUUGUCAUCCCAGCAUCCACACAGGGAAGGGAUUAACUCUGCUACUCAAUUUGUUCUCCUCAGCAUUGAAGUGACUUCAUAGAACCCUUGUGACCUGCUGCAAAAUGUUUUCCUCUCUAGCAAAAAGGUUUAUGGUGGCAAAUGACAUUUAUUUUGUAAAAAGAAAUGUACUAUGUACUUUUGUGUAAACACUGAAAAGUCUCUAUUCAUCUCUGAGAAUUAACUUGCAACUGUUUUCUAUAGUGCUGUCUUCUUGGGCAAUGGGCAGUUACAUGACUGUGUUUGUUUCCUCUGCAGUCUCCCCUUCUCUCCUGCCCCUCCCUCACUAGCUUCUUCCUACUAGGAGAGUAAAGGCCACCUGGUCUGUUCUGUGCUCUGUUCCCAUCUCCUCAGUGAGACCUUGAGCUCACAGACUGCAUGCGGCCGCUCUACCCUGUGUGCUACGUGUGCUUUGUCUCUCAUCUCUUCUCACUUCACACUCACUACAGUAGGAGGGAAUAACUGUAUGCAGCUUUAAUUAAAUCACACUAUAAAACUAUUUUCUUAUACUCCACUUUAUGCUUUUGGUAUUGUUGAUCUUUAAAAAUUAAAUGGUCUUUGAUAGUGGAUCUAUUUUGUAUUGCCUUAUUAAGACCAAAUACUUCUUGUCAUCCCAUUCUUUAUCCCUCUACUUUCGUGGAAUUGUUGUCUUUAAUUAAAACUUUUUUAAACAUUGGCUUGUUUUAAUCAUACUGUAAAUUUUGGUUGUGGUCAGCUUUGAGUGCAAAUGAAAUGUGUAAUUCUGUUAUCAUUUGUUGAGUUUGAAACUCAAUUGGGAAUAUUGAAUAUAACGGAAUGUAAGUGGCAUUUCUGAAAAUGCUUUCUUCUAAGGUGAAGGUCCUUGUCAAUGUGUGACUGUUAAAUGCGGCCAUUUCUGAGAUGAGAUUCUUUUAUAUAUGUGUGUGUAUAUACAUGUACACACACAUAUAUAUGUAUGAAGGACUAUUGGCUUUUAGGAGUUUCUUUUAUACCUUUAUGAAAUACUGAAGACCAAUUAGACCAUUAAUGGACACUUAGUGCAACCUUUUAUAAUGAGAAUAAUGCUAAAAGUAAGACCAAAACCGGUAUCAUCACUGAAAUUAACAAUUUCCAAUAUGUUCAUAUUUUAAUUCACAAUGAAAAAAUAUGUUCCACAACUGGAAACUCAUAGUACUUGUGUAAACCGUGGGAGAUUUUAAAUGUGAUAUUAUUUUGACAAUGUUUUAGAGUCACAUUUUAUUCUGAUCAGAAUUUUUAUUAAGAUGUUGAAGCUUUUGUUUUUUUGAAACUAGUUUGUCAUAACAUAUUGUGCAUAAUCACAGUAUUUAUUUUGUAGGACUAUUGUGAAUGUGUAGACUUAUGUUUACUGCUAAGGGAACAAUUAUUUAUAAAAUAAUAUUAAAUCCAGUAUUAGCUGCCUAUUUCAGACACUUAAUACUCACAGAGAUCCAUGUUACAUUUACCACACUGAAGUUUGUUUUUAAAGAAUCACCCUCAUUGUUGAAAGUAAAUGUACUCUUAGGGUGCGAAUAUUAGUGUUCCAAUAAGCAUGUGAUUAUAUUGAGGCGGUGGUAGCGGGAAGGUAAUCUUGAUUCCAUUGGGAAUCUUAGGUUUUCGUAAAUUUAUUGGGAAAAUAGUUUUUCCUGUACUGCUGAAGUUUCUUUUUGGUAAACAGUAUCUUUCUAAAAGAAAAAGCAUGAAGGAGGACUUGAGGUGUGUAUACAUUUCCUCAAUGACCAGCAUUGUACUCGUGAAUACUGUGUAUCUUGCAAUGAACAGUGUGGACACUGUUCAGUUUUCAAUCUGAAGUAAAAUACUUUCAAGAAC